CACAAUAUUUCCUUGCAUAUACAUUCAUAGUGAUUGAUGAGAGAGAUUCGGAUGAAAUACACAAUUUCUACCAAAAUCUCACUCUCCACCCAAGGGUAGAGACCUCUUCUCUGAUCCGUAGCUCAUCGAUCGAUCUUCGUCAUUUGUCACUUUCAGACUCCGAUUAACCGAUGUUGCAAUGCAUAUUUCUGCUAUCCGAUUCAGGAGAGAUUAUGCUGGAGAAACAGCUCACUGGGCAUCGUGUCGACCGAUCUAUAUGCACUUGGUUCUGGGACCAAUCCCUAUCUCAAGGUGAUUCCUUCAAGAUGCAGCCGGUGAUUGCUUCUCCAACCCAUUAUCUUUUCCAAGUUGUUCGCGCGGGAAUCACUUUCUUGGCCUGCACCCAAGUCGAAAUGCCGCCUUUAAUGGGCAUUGAGUUCCUCUGCAGAGUGGCUGAUGUUCUCACAGAUUAUCUUGGGGAAUUGAAUGAAGAUUUAGUCAAGGAUAAUUUUGUCAUUGUAUACGAGCUUCUGGAUGAGAUGAUAGACAACGGGUUCCCCCUCACUACAGAACCUAACAUCCUGAGAGAAAUCAUAGCUCCACCAAACCUUGUAAGCAAAGUAUUGAGCGUGGUGACUGGUAACAGUUCGAAUGUGAGCGACACCAUUCCAGGUGCAAUCGCAUCUCAUGUUCCAUGGAGAACUACAGAUCCAAAAUAUGCUAAAAAUGAAGUUAAUGUUGAUCUUGUUGAGGAGAUGGACGCCAUUCUAAACAGGGAUGGCCACCUGGUCAAGUGUGAAAUUUAUGGUGAGGUCCAAGUAAAUUCUCAUCUAUCUGGUCUUCCUGAUUUGACCCUUUCAUUUACAAAUCCUUCAAUCCUUGAUGAUGUGAGAUUCCAUCCCUGUGUUCGGUUCCGCCCAUGGGAAUCACAUCAAAUCCUGUCAUUUGUGCCUCCUGAUGGACAGUUUAAGCUCGUGAGUUACAGGGUGAGAAAGUUGAAGAAUACUCCUAUGUAUGUAAAGCCUCAGUUUACAUCAGAUGCAGGGAUAUGUCGAGUCAGUGUGUUGGUAGGAAUUCGACAUGAUCCCGGAAAGCCGAUUGACGCAAUAGAUGUGCAGUUUCAAUUGCCCUCAUGUGUUUUAUCAGCUGACCUUACUUCAAAUUAUGGAACAGUGAACAUCUUAUCUAGCAAGAUCUGCUCUUGGACAAUUGGAAAGAUGCCAAAAGAUAAAACUCCUUCAAUGUCUGGAACAUUAACACUUGAGACAGGAUUACAACAGCUUCAUGUAUUUCCAACAUUUCAAGUGCGUUUUAAGAUCAUGGGUGUAGUCCUCUCUGGCCUGCAAGUUGAUAAACUUGAUGUGAAGAACUUGCCAAAUCAUCCUUACAAAGGCUUUCGAGCUCUAACACGAGCAGGGAAGUUUGAAGUUCGGUCAUAAACAAUAGCAGCAACUUGCAGUGAAUUUGUGAUGAUCUUGAGUGCAUGAUCUUCUGUUAAAUCCUGUGAACCAUAGCACAAUCUCAUGAUAGGUGAAAACAGACUAAAAAUAUCUGCCCAUUUGUAAAGUUUGUUUAAUGCCUUUUAGCAGCUCGGAAGUGAUUCCUGUUUCAGUGAAAUUGAUACUUUGUCAAUCUUUGGUGCCCUUUUACUAAAUCAAGGAAUCAAGAAAUAUGAGAUUAGUGAGACAGGACUCCAAUAUCAAACUGUAAAAUGCAGAAGCAAUUUGCUUUGAUAAUGAAAAGUACAAUAUUUUUCAGCUA